AGACCGGGGGAGGCGCGCCGCGUGCACUAACCAAACCGGGCCAGUGCAAAUGAAUCUGUCUGUGAGGGACAAUUUACCCCCGACCGAGCCGCGUGAGGAAAUCGAUUCCGCGAUUAUUGUAUAGGCUCCAUUUCGACGAACGAACGGCUCGGAUCAUCUGAUUGCAUUGAUUUAGUAGGGAUUGUCAUCCGGAUGCUAUUCCGUAGCCUAGCCUACAGAGGGUAGCCUACCAGAGCUAGAGUGGAUUGUGAUGCGUCAGUGUGUUUGACGGCUUUUCACGUAGGCUAUGUGUAUCUUUGAAGAUAGUGUUGAGAAUGUAACAGCCUAUAUUAAACCAGCUCAUGGGAUAGACAAACACAGAGUUGUUAUAGAUUGAGAGAACUGAACACCGUCAGCGCUGACACGCGCAUCACUGUCGGCUUCCUCUGGUGUGGGUAUUGUAUCGUGUCUCUCUUUUCUCUCAUCCUCCUCAUCCUUCUUCCGGCAUCAUUGACGGAGGCUGCUGAUGCUGCCGUAGCUCGUGAAAAAAAUCUCUGUCGCAACUACCUGGACUGGGCUGUGUUAUCUAUAGCCCGCGAGAUGCUGUGAAUUAUCCCGCAGGAUUGUGAUUUGGGCUAUACAAGAAGGAAGGCAUCAUAGACAUUGCGUUUCGUUUGCUCUGGUUUGACACCGUCACUGUCGUUAUCAUUGCUUAGGAAAGAACCAUAGGCUAUUGCAAAAAACUGCUGUUCUAUUAGCUAUUGGAAGGCCUUUAUUAUUUGAUAUUGAUUUGACUCUUAAUUAAAAUGAGUAAUGUGUUAUGGGUAAUAUCCGAAUAACAAUCUGAUAUUUGCUGUGUUUUCAAGGAGGUAUUCCGGAGGCAUACAAGUGACAUGUGCCAGAAGCAUGUCUGACAAACGGUUAGACGGCAAUACAUAGCCUAUGAGAAAGGUGGGAGGGAAUUAUUUCUCAUAUAGGCUAGUUCAGGAGUCGCCACAUUCUCAGAGUUAUCGUUUAGGCUAAAUAAAGGCACAAGCUUGCAGAUUAGCUUUUGGCUAUUCAGUUUAUGCGCCAGCAUCGGGGUGCGACCUCAUGAGUUGAAUAUGCUUGCCAGAUGUUGCCUUUGAUGUGAUUCAUUCAGUUGCAUGGGUGCAUAGGCUACUUUGGGUUGCAUUUAUUCAGCAAACAUAUCUACUGACUCCUCCAUUGCUCAACUAAUUAAUUAGUCAGUGCCCCCCUUUGCUCAUAUACCUACUUUAAUAGGCUUUACCUACUUCAUAAGAAUACCGGGACUGGGAUACAGCACAAACUGUGCUACAAUGAUACCCGGAUCGGCUGCGUCGAUGCUCCCAUCGAUGUCUUCGGAAGACAUUAAACUAUACCAGCAUAACUAUGUCCGCAACUCCCGUGCCAUCGGACUCCUGUGGGCCAUCUUCACCAUCCUGUUCGCCAUCUUGAAUGUGGUGAUCUUCAGCCAGCCCUAUUGGAUCGGGGACGGCGUGGACACCCCACAGGCCGGCUAUUUCGGCCUCUUCCACUUCUGCACCGGCGACGGGAUCCAGAGGGAGCUCGACUGCACAGGGACCUUCACCGAGUUCGCUCAGAUCCCUUCCACCGCGUUCAAGGCCGCGUCGUUCUUCGUCGGGAUGUCAAUGAUGCUGGUGAUAGCUUGUAUUGCUUCUUUCACUCUCUUCUUCCUGUUCUCCACCACCACCGUCUAUAAGAUCUGUGGCUGGAUGCAGGGGGCCUCGGACCGGGGGUAUGCGCGGCAGACAUUCGGUAACCGUGAACAACUCAUCGCUGUAGCCUUGCUCAUAUUUUUUGGUGAUCAGCCUGAAAUUGGGACCAUGGUUGGGUAG